UGAAGGUGUGGUUUGUUAACCUUGAUGCCGUUCGGGUUGUGGUCCAAAUCCAGCUCUGGUGUCUCUUCGGCAUCCUCUUCAAGCGGCUCCCAACAUCACCAUCGACAUCAUGCAUCGAAAACGCAUCGACAUGAACGGUCAAAGAGCUACUCUGCCUCUGCAUCCAGUUCAGAAGAAGCUGCCGGGAAGGUUAAGACUGUAGUUGAGAGCAGUGAGCAUGAGGAUGCCGAAGACGAUGCAGUCCUAGCCAGAAUUGAUCCAAAGGCCAAGACAGGAAGCACAUUAGUUGACUCAGACUCGGAUGGAUGCUAUGAGAAGGAGUACCUCGACUCAUUGAAGCACAAGUCCAAUCGCGCCAGCUAUGUGGGUGGCGCGGCGACAGGUGUAGCAGCUGCAGUUGGAACAUUCGUGGUAUUCGCAUCACCUCUGGCCGUAGCCGGCGCUGCUGCUGUUGGCGCUGGUGGAGCAUGGAAGUUGCUUCGAGACAAGGGGAAACGAGAAGUCAAAGCGGCAGAAGGCACUAUGAAGUCGGGGGAUCAUUCGGCUGAUGUUACGCAGACCAUGUUGGGGGCCUCUGGCACCGACUUGCCGUCCAAGAGUUACUUCACGAUUUCAGGGAAAUCAGCGACCGAGCUCGAUGAGUUUCUUGCUGGUGGAAAACCUAGUCUAAAGAGACUUAAAUUUCUCGUGUCAUGGGCACGGCUGCAAGUGGAGGACUCCUUACCAAGCAUGGAGAUGGCUCUUAACUCUGGAGACAGUGCACGGAUAAGCGCACAGUGUACUAAAUUAAUGACAGCAUUGGAUGAAGUGAUAGGAUCAUUCUCUCCAUGGGUACAGCAACAAUAUGUCGCGAGAGCAGAGAAGGAUAAGGGUAAAAGACAUCGUGAAUUUACGUUGAUCUGCCUUCAUGUGAGCCCAUUGUACAAGUUCUUAGCACAUGACUCGGUGAAUAAGGCCUUCCUUUUUUGCAAUACAGAGUUUUUGCAGCAGUGGGAAAAUGACGAAGUUAGCACUGAAUUGAUGAUUCAGAGGUGCCGCUCGACGUUCCCUACCAUAGUCGAGACUGUUGGUCUCAUUCGAAGUCACCCUAGUAAACGAGGUCGUGCUGAUUCGGACCUUAUGACUCGUUCAGAGCAGGGCGAACAUAGGAUAACCGCAACGGUUUUCUGGAUAUCACAAUUCUUGCGGAGGUCUGAUGUCCAAGAGUUCAUGUCGAGUGCAAUGAUAAGUGGCAGCCGCGUUCUCUCACCCAGAAGACAUGCUAAGAGUGGAGUCGCGAAGAUUUCGAGCUCGCCACUGGUCGAGCAGUCCGGGAUCAGUCAGAAGGUAGCUGAUACUAAAAUGGAGCCUAAGGCACCUGAAGGCUCUGAAGAAGAUGAGGAUGGGUCCCCUACUAUAGAAUUCCCGCCUAUUGGCGCAGAGUUAGAGAUGGACGAGGAUGAGUUUUACUCAGCCUCUGAGGGUGAGUGUUCUGAUAACGAGGACGAUAAGGCUCUCACGAGUAGUAAAGUUCUGCGGAAAAGACUAGAGAGAGUCGAAAGACGGCCGCCAAGUGGUCUGGGGUUGGAAGUGUAUGGUGCGGUUACUAGGGACUCGGUCAUGAACGAUAAAUUCCGUCCAUUUCUUAGCACAGACGAGGACGCGAUCAAUACCUGGAACGAGUUGGACUGUACGAAGUUUAAGGUUAGAGGCCACACAUAUCUCAGUGAUAAAGUGAAACACCCUAGCGAGCCCGCACUAAUGAAAACUGUGGCUUUCGAGUUGUUCUUCUGCGAUGACGAAGAGGUGUUCUGCUGCUCGACAGAGCCUCACUGCAAGGCCUACUGGCUGCAACGGGAUCAUCCAGAUCGUUUUUUCUUCACGGUCACCUGGCGUAUGGCACCAUUCUACUGCACGAACACCUUCAUGGUCGAUAAGGAUGCUCCCUGGCUCCAAGCUGAUACAGAGACAUCCUAUGGGAUCUUGAUGCGGCGGUUUUUGGAGAUGGACGACGAGGAUCGUAAUGGACGAGUUAAAGUCAUACCUGCUGUUGCUGAGGGGCCAUGGAUUGUUAAAAAGGCGGUUGGGCAGACUCCAGCGAUUAUCGGUCGGAAGCUCACAACUACCCAUUUCACUGGCGACAACUACGUUGAAGUCUCAGUGGAUGUUUUUUCAAGUGCUGCUGCUCGGCAUAUGAUGUCACUGGUCGUUGGUGCAGCGAAGAAGUUAGUCAUCGAUGUUGGGUUCGUGCUGGAGGGCCAUUCGGAAGAGGAAUUACCAGAGCGGUUGCUAGGUGGAUUCAGGCUGCGAAAGCCCGACCUGGCUACAUGUCGGAGGUUUAAGCGCUCCGCUUGUGAAUCACCGAGGAACUCAACUCUCGAGUGAUUCAUACCAAUAGCAGAUGAGUUGUGAUAUCAUUCACUCAGCAAGAUUCCUCAACACGCUCAUUAUUUCUCCCCAUCUGAAGGUUUUCGCCUGCUUCAGGAUUUCACAGGCCGUUUGUUGGUGUACUUCUUGCUAUUUUGGCCCUUGCUCACAGUCUCCGUUGCUGUGCUUGGGAAACUCUCAAUCAAACUUGCCUUUCUCAA